AUGUUCUUUGGAGCUGAUGUAACUCAUUCGACUUGUUCCACAGAUCGUCCAUCAAUCGCAGCAGUAGUUGCCUCACGUGAUCCAACUAAUACUCUCUAUGCUGCUCGGCUUUGUGAACGUAAGUUUUCGAUGAUUUCCUCACUGUCAUCAUGGAUCUUUUUUUUUAGAAUAUCCAAAAAGGGUCGUUGUUCGAUGGAAAUUAUCAAAGAACUGGAUCAAAUGGUUGCUGAUUUGCUUCGAGUAUUCGCACGCACAUGUGGUGAUCGUCUUCCAAACAAAAUUGUCUUUUAUCGAGAUGGUGUAGACGAAGGACAAUAUCAGAAGGUACUUGAUAAUGAAGUGAACAAAAUCAAGAACGCUUGUCGAGUUGUGUGUGAUGAGCGUCAGUUGCCAAAAUUAACGUUUAUUAUUGUGAAGAAACGUCAUAAUACGCGUUUCUUUCUCUGUGAUGGUAAACAGACGAUGAAUGUUCAAGCGGGUACUGUGAUCGAUCAGGAUAUUACUCAUCCAUCUCAAUUCGAUUUUUAUCUUUGUUCACAAGCAGCCAUAAUGGGUACAUCACGACCGACUCUUUAUCAUGUUCUUCAUGAUGAUAUUGGCUUUAGUAGUGAUGACGUUCAACAACUAACCUAUUGGUUAUGUCAUACUGAUAAAUCAGUCUCGAUUCCAUCUCCCGUUCAUUAUGCUCAUCUAGCAGCGUAUGGAUCUCGUGCACUGAAAUUCGAUGAUGAUCGUGAAUCAGACAACAUUGAUGAUGAUGAUAAAGACGAAGAACCUGAGAGUUAUUCAAUGGAAGAUAUUAAAACUAAACUAAUGAUACUAGAUCCAAAAGUUACCGACGAUAUGUGGUUUAUAUAA